AUGUGGGAGCCCGCCAAACGACGGUACAUAUUGUUUUCCUUGGUAGAAGAACCGAUGUACGACCAGAUCCAUCAGGAAGUCCCCGAAGAUGUCACGGAUGAAACUUUCGACAUAAUACGGUCUAUUGUCGUCCCGCACCGGCGGAAGAAACAAGUCAGAGAUGCUUUCCGUUAUCGGACGCAGCGACUCGACGAGACCGCUCAGCGGUUUGCUGCUGAAUUGCGAAAGCUGGCUACAUCGGCAUUUUCGGAGUGCGAACCAAGCUUUAAGGAACAAUCGGUCCUGCAUCAGUUCGCUGAUGGUGUCCGCCCAGCCGCCGUGCAAAACUCGUUCGUGGAGAAACCUCCAGUGUCUCUCAAGGAAGCCGUUGAUCGCGCUUCGUCCCUUGAAGAGCCGCCAGCAGCCCCCAAACACGUGUCGGACCCAGGUCUUGCGAAAUGCCGAUGGAGCCCUAGACGCCACCCGAUGAGACGAGAUGGUCAAGGACCCAGUAGUCGCGAGCAAUGGAAGAAGCAGUGGAACAGCUGGAGCUCACGGAACAGCCACUCAAGCAAGGGCUUUUUGCACAUUAACGGUGAAUGCGGUACGUUCGAAGCCUCACCAAGAAGGCGCCGUGAUAGAAUAAUGGGAUGCAACACGAGACCACGACAUGAUCACAUCAAGGACCUUUUAGCAAAUGCCGGUACUAUGUCCGAUCGGGAACGAAGCCAGCUACGAAACACCAUCUCGAAAUAUCAGAACGUGUUCGCCUGGACCGAAGGAAUCAGCUCUUGUCAGUACCAGUUACGUCACAAGACUGCAACAAACGCUGCUAAUGGGUCAUCAACUCGCACGGGAACACCUGAAAACAGCACAGCGCCAUCAAAAACACUUUUACGACAAGAAGAUCUAUGGUUUGCCGGUGCAACCAGGAGAACAAGUGUGGCUGAAAUCAACGACCCGAUCACCUGGCAUGCCGUCAAAACUGAAACACGAGUGGAAAAGGCCGUUCAUAGUAAUCGACGUCCUGAGCUUCACCACAUGCCACGUGGGCAAGGCUGGCGGAGAUCCGAAUAG